ACAUCCUUCUUCUACUCUAUAUUAGUAGUAUUAUUCUAUCCCGAGAUCUUCUGCUACCGCUUGGCUUUUUUGCCACAAUCCCCUGGAUACUCCCCCACAAACCGAAUUUCUUAUUUUAUAUUCUCUUCUCUAGUCAUCAUAAAAUAAGUAGGACUCCUUGCUCAUAUUUCCAGCUCAGGUCAACAAAUGCCCUGCCAGGCCUGAAAUUCUUCUGGGCAUUCACCGCUUCCCACUUUUGCUUUGGACACAGGAGGUCCGCUGCCUGGGAUUCCCCUCCGGACAAGUCUUCGAUAUUCAUUCUUCAACCCAAGGAUACAAAACAGAAAAAAGAGAAAGAAUGAGGCUCCUGCCCCUGGGUUUUAGCAGGGCUCCUGUUCCUCCUCCUCCUCUAAUGCUUAUGGUACUGUGGUUUAUGGUACUGCUACUAUUUAUUGCGGAUGCACAGAGGUCUGACCAAACCUUUCCUUUGACUCCCAAUGGCACAUUGGGGCAAACACAUUCUGAAGGAUACUGUGCUAUGUAUGACAUCUGUGGAGCACGUAGUGAUGGCAAAGUACUUAACUGUCCUUUUGGUUCCCCGUCUGUCAAGCCAGAUGAUCUACUUUCAUCAAAGAUUCAGAGUUUGUGUCCAACCAUUACUGGAAACGUCUGUUGUACGGAGGCUCAAUUUGGGACUUUAAGAACGCAAGUCCAGCAAGCAAUCCCUUUUCUUGUAGGCUGCCCAGCAUGCUUGAGAAAUUUUUUGAAUUUAUUCUGUGAACUUUCGUGCUCUCCAAGUCAAAGUCAGUUUAUCAAUGUGACUUCUGUGGACAAGAUAGGAAAAAAUUCGACAGUCGGUGGGAUUGACUUCUUUAUUACUGACAGUUUUGGGGAGGGAAUGUUUGAAUCCUGCAAGGAUGUAAAGUUUGGUACCAUGAAUAGUCGAGCCAUAGAGUUCAUUGGUGCUGGUGCUAAAAAUUUUAGAGAUUGGUAUGCAUUUAUUGGCCGGCGAGCACCACUUGGGGUUCCAGGAUCACCAUAUGCAAUCAACUUUCGCUCUGCUGCUCCUGAUUCAUCUGGAAUGAAACCCAUGAAUGUCUCCACAUAUUCAUGCAGUGACACUUCACUAGGCUGUUCUUGCGGUGAUUGUCCUGCAUCUCCUGUCUGCUCUGCCUCUGCUUCUCCUGCUUCUCAUGCAAAACGUUCCUGUUCAGUGAGAAUUGGGUCCAUCAAGGCAAAGUGCAUUGAAGUUGCUGUAGCAAUACUGUACAUAGUACUCAUUUCAGUGUUUCUUGGAUGGGGGUUUUGGCACAGGAAAAAAGAAAGAGCUCCUGUGUCCAGAACUAAACCAUUGGUUAGUGUUACCAAUAUUGGUGUUGUUCGUCAUGUCAACAAUCAGAAAGAUGAGAAUAUUCCCAUGCAGAUGCUUGAGGAUGUCCCUCAAAUUACGAACGGUGUGCAACUGUCAAUUGUGCAAGGAUACUUAGCAAAAUUUUACAGGAAAUAUGGAACAUGGGUUGCUAGAAAUCCAAUUCUUGUCUUGUGUUCUUCGUUAGCUAUUGUUUUUGUACUUUGCUUAGGCUUGAUUCGUUUUCAAGUAGAGACAAGGCCAGAGAAGCUGUGGGUAGGACCCGGGAGUAGAGCUGCUCAGGAGAAAGAGUUCUUUGACAACCACCUAGCCCCCUUUUAUAGAAUUGAGCAGCUCAUAAUUGCAACCAUUCCUGACACAGCACAUGGAAAGCGACCAAGUAUAGUUACAGAAGACAAUAUAAAGUUGCUUUUUGAUAUCCAAAAGAAGGUAGAUGCAAUUCAAGCUAAUUAUUCUGGUUCCAUGGUUUCUUUGACGGACAUUUGCAUGAAGCCACUUGGCCAAGAUUGUGCAACACAAAGCGUUCUCCAGUAUUUCAAGAUGAAGCCUGAAAAUUAUGAUAACUUUGGGGGCAUUGGACAUGUUGAGUACUGUUUUCAGCAAUAUACCUCAGCUGACGCAUGUAUGAGUGCAUUUAAAGCUCCACUUGAUCCAAGUACUGCGCUUGGCGGUUUCUCUGGAAACAAUUAUUCUGAGGCUUCUGCUUUCGUUGUGACGUAUCCUGUAAACAACGUGGUUGACAAAGAGGGCAAUGAGACAAAGAAGGCUGUGGCCUGGGAAAAAGCCUUUGUUCAAUUAGCGAAGGAAGAACUCUUGCCUAUGGUGCAAUCCAAGAAUUUGACCCUUGCCUUUUCAUCAGAGAGCUCUAUUGAGGAAGAACUGAAAAGAGAAAGCACUGCAGAUGUCAUAACUAUCUUGAUAAGCUAUCUUGUGAUGUUUGCCUACAUAUCAUUAACACUAGGGGAUACACCUCGAUUCACUUCGUACUAUAUUUCAUCCAAGGUGUUGCUUGGUCUUUCAGGAGUUAUCCUCGUUUUCCUAUCGGUUCUUGGAUCUGUUGGCUUUUUCAGUGCUGUUGGAGUAAAGUCAACACUCAUUAUCAUGGAAGUCAUUCCCUUCCUUGUUCUAGCAGUUGGGGUUGACAACAUGUGCAUACUUGUGCAUGCAGUGAAAAGGCAACCACUGGAAUUGCCAUUGGAAGGACGCAUUAGCAAUGCACUUGUAGAAGUUGGACCAUCUAUUACACUAGCUAGUAUAUCUGAAGUCUUGGCUUUUGCAGUUGGAAGUUUUAUUCCCAUGCCAGCUUGUCGUGUUUUUUCAAUGUUUGCGGCAUUGGCUGUUCUUUUGGACUUCCUUCUACAAGUUACUGCAUUUGUUGCCUUGAUUGUCUUUGAUUUUCUGAGAGCUGAGGAUUACAGAAUUGAUUGUUUCCCUUGUAUUAAAAUCUCCAAUUCAAAUGCUGAGCCUGACAGUGGUGUACGUGAGAGAAAACCAGGAUUACUGGCACGAUAUAUGAAGGACAUUCAUGCUCCCAUCCUCAACCUCUGGGGAGUAAAAGUGGUUGUAAUUGCUGCCUUUUUUGCUUUUAUGUUGGCAAGCAUUGCCCUGUGUACAAGGAUAGAGCCUGGUUUGGAACAACAAAUCGUCCUUCCUCGAGACUCUUAUCUUCAGGGUUAUUUUAACAAUGUCUCAGAGUAUCUAAGAAUUGGACCACCAUUAUAUUUUGUUGUCAAAAACUAUAAUUACAGUUCAGAAUCAAGACAAACUAAUCAGUUGUGCUCCAUCAGUCAAUGUGAUUCAGAAUCACUUUUAAAUGAGAUUGCCAGAGCAUCUUUAGUACCAGAGACAAGUUACAUUGCAAAACCUGCUGCUUCCUGGCUUGAUGACUUUCUUGUAUGGUUAUCUCCAGAAGCUUUUGGCUGCUGCAGGAAAUUCACGAAUGAAAGUUAUUGCCCUCCAGAUGACCAGCCUCCUUGUACCUCGAAUGGAGUAUGCAAGGAUUGUACAACGUGUUUUCGCCACUCAGAUUUACAGAAUUCUCGUCCAUCCACAACACAAUUCAGGGAGAAACUCCCAUGGUUCCUUAAUGCACUACCUUCUGCUGAUUGUGCAAAGGGAGGGCAUGGGGCUUACACAAGCAGCAUAGAGCUUAAAGGAUAUGAGGACGGAGUCAUUCAAGCAUCUGCAUUUCGUACAUAUCACACUCCCCUAAACAAACAAACUGACUAUGUCAAUUCAAUGAGAGCUGCACGUGAUUUUAGCUCAAGGGUUUCCGAUUCCUUAAAGAUUGAGAUCUUCCCUUAUGCUGUAUUUUACAUGUUCUUUGAACAAUAUCUUAAUAUUUGGAGGACAGCAAUAAUCAACCUCGUGAUAGCGAUUGGUGCAGUUUUCAUUGUCUGCCUGGUAAUCACUUGUAGUUUGUGGACUUCAGCAAUCAUUUUACUUGUGCUGGCAAUGAUCGUGGUGGACCUUAUGGGUGUAAUGGCAAUCUUGAAUAUCCAACUGAAUGCAGUCUCUGUUGUCAACCUUGUGAUGUCAGUUGGUAUUGCUGUUGAGUUCUGUGUGCAUAUAACACAUGCUUUCUUGGUAAGUAGUGGAGACAGAAACCAACGGAUGAAGGAUGCUUUGACAACAAUGGGAGCUUCUGUUUUCAGUGGAAUCACUCUUACAAAACUUGUCGGUGUGCUGGUCCUUUGCUUCUCAAGGACGGAAGUUUUUGUGGUUUACUACUUCAAAAUGUAUCUGGCCUUGGUACUUCUAGGUUUUUUGCAUGGACUAGUAUUUUUACCUGUACUCUUGAGCUUGUUUGGUCCACCAUCAAGAUGUGUGCUAAUAGAGAAGCAAGAGGAUCGGCCAUCUACUUCAUCACAAAUCUAACAUAAUCUGCUGCCCCCCCUCUCUUUAACCAUUGUUUUUGGUGGUCUCUCUUGGGGGGAGAGAAGUUUUGUUUAAUUGCCAUAGUUGUACUUAAUCAGCUGUAAAACAUUGCAACACAAAAGGUAGAUUUAGAGGCUAGAAAUACAGCGUUCUUCUGACAAAAGGAGGAUGAGAAAAGAUAUAAAUAUGCGAAGGAGCUUACCAGAACAAACAUGUACUGCACAAGAAACUUACUCAGCAAGAGAAUGGAUUGAUAUUUCUAGAAAAAUUUUGUAUCCAGUGGGCAUGGCCACUCAUCGAAGUUGUCUUUCCAAGCUAAAAUGUUCGAGUUGAGUUAAUACCA